AUGUCCCUGAAAAUCUCUUCCAAAGAGAUCUUUUUCUUUUUUUUUUUUUUUUUCUCAGGUAGUGGCUCCAAUCCUUUCCAGCACCUGGAGAAGAGUGCUGUGCUUCAGGAGGCAAGGCUCUUCAAUGAGACCCCAAUAAACCCACGGAGAUGCCUUCACAUCCUUACCAAGAUCCUGUACCUGCUGAACCAGGGUGAACACUUUGGAACCACAGAAGCCACAGAAGCUUUUUUUGCCAUGACCAGGUUGUUUCAGUCUAAUGAUCAAACCCUCAGAAGAAUGUGUUACCUCACAAUCAAAGAGAUGGCCAAUAUCUCUGAGGACGUCAUCAUUGUCACCAGCAGUUUGACCAAAGACAUGACAGGCAAGGAGGAUGUCUAUCGAGGCCCUGCCAUCCGAGCUCUGUGCAGGAUCACUGAUGGUACAAUGCUCCAGGCCAUUGAGAGGUACAUGAAACAGGCCAUUGUGGACAAAGUCCCCAGCGUGUCCAGCUCUGCUCUGGUGUCUUCCUUGCACAUGAUGAAGAUCAGCUAUGAUGUGGUCAAAAGGUGGAUUAAUGAAGCUCAGGAAGCAGCUUCCAGUGACAACAUCAUGGUCCAGUAUCAUGCUUUGGGGCUACUCUAUCACCUUAGGAAAAACGAUCGUCUGGCUGUCUCCAAGAUGUUGAAUAAAUUCACCAAAUCCGGCCUGAAAUCUCAAUUUGCCUACUGCAUGUUGAUCAGGAUUGCCAGCAAACUCCUCAAGGAAUCUGAAGAGGGCCAUGAAAGCCCCCUGUUUGACUUCAUUGAGAGCUGCCUGAGGAACAAGCACGAGAUGGUGAUUUAUGAGGCUGCCUCUGCCAUCAUCCACCUGCCCAACUGCACUGCCAGGGAGCUGGCACCUGCUGUGUCAGUGUUGCAGCUUUUCUGCAGUUCUCCCAAACCCGUCCUGCGUUACGCGGCCGUCCGGACCCUCAAUAAAGUAGCCAUGAAACAUCCAUCUGCAGUCACUGCCUGUAACCUGGACCUAGAAAACCUCAUCACAGACUCCAACAGGAGCAUUGCCACCCUGGCCAUCACCACGCUGCUGAAGACAGGCAGUGAGAGCAGCGUGGACAGGCUCAUGAAACAAAUCUCCUCCUUCGUGUCAGAGAUCUCAGAUGAGUUUAAGGUUGUGGUGGUGCAGGCCAUCAGUGCCCUGUGCCAGAAGUACCCUCGGAAGCACAGUGUGAUGAUGACCUUCCUCUCCAACAUGCUCAGGGAUGAUGGUGGCUUUGAAUACAAGCGAGCCAUUGUGGAUUGCAUCAUCAGCAUCAUCGAGGAGAACCCUGAGAGCAAAGAAUCAGGUUUAGCUCACCUGUGUGAGUUCAUUGAGGACUGUGAACACACCGUGCUGGCCACCAAAAUCCUGCACCUGCUGGGCAAGGAGGGUCCCAGGACCCCCAACCCCUCCAAGUACAUCCGCUUCAUCUUCAACAGGGUGGUGCUGGAGAACGAGGCUGUGAGGGCUGCUGCUGUCAGUGCUUUGGCCAAGUUUGGGGCACAGAAUGAGAAUUUGCUUCCCAGCAUCCUGGUGCUGCUCCAGAGGUGCAUGAUGGACAGCGACGACGAAGUCCGUGACAGGGCAACGUUCUACCUGAAUGUCCUGCAGCAGAGACAGCUGGCCCUGAAUGCUGCCUACAUCUUUAAUGGGCUGACAGUCUCUGUUCCUGGGAUGGAGAAAGCCCUGCACCAGUAUACACUGGAGCCCUCAGAGAAACCUUUUGACAUGAAAACAGUUCCCCUGGCUACUGCCCCAGUCUUUGAACAGAAAGCAGAGAUUGCUCUGGUGCCCAGCAAACCUGAGAAAGUGGCUCCUUCACGCCAGGAUAUAUUUCAAGAACAACUGGCAGCCAUCCCAGAAUUUAAGGGCCUGGGUCCUUUGUUCAAGUCCUCAGAGCCAGUGCAGCUCACAGAAGCAGAAACAGAAUAUUUUGUUCGCUGCAUCAAACACAUCUUCCCAAACCACAUCGUUUUCCAGUUUGAUUGCACAAACACUUUGAAUGAUCAGCUCCUGGAGAGAGUCACAGUGCAGAUGGAGCCAUCAGAUGCUUAUGAUGUGAUCUGCUGCAUCCCAGCUGCCAGCCUGGCCUACAACCAGCCUGGCAUGUGCUACACCCUGGUCAGGAUCCCCCAGGAUGACCCCACUGCAGUCACCUGUACCUUCAGCUGCACCAUGAAGUUCACAGUGAGGGACUGUGACCCCAACACGGGGGUUCCAGAUGAGGAUGGGUAUGAGGAUGAAUAUGUGGUGAGUCCAGGAUUUCUUCUCUAUUCCCUUAUCACUAAUUUGGGAUAAAUGUGACCAUUGGGUCAAGUUUCCUCUCAAUCCUGCAAUUAAUCAAUCUUACUGAAACAACAAAAUACUGUAAAAUAUCA